GAAUGUCGAAAUUGGACUUGGGGAGAGAACUGCACAGAACCUUGCACCUGUGACUACAAAAAUACAGAGACCUGUGAUAACUAUAAUGGCACCUGUGUCUGUAAGCCAGGCUUUGAUGGUCAGAUUUGUAGUGCUCAAAUAAACCCAUGUUUGCAAACCCCAAAUCCAUGUGGGGAACACAGGGAGUGUUUCUUUUUAAAUGGCAGCUAUGAAUGCAGCAGUUCUUCUGAAUGUGGCAACUGGACAUGGGGCGAUAACUGCAAUAAACUCUGUGGCUGUAAUCAUAACAACACAGAAAUGUGUAGUGCUAAUGGCACCUGUCUUUGCAGACCUGGCUUUAAGGGAGCUUCUUGUCAUGAAGAUGAUGAAUGUGUAGAAUUUAAUCCAUGUGAUCCAAAUGCAGAGUGCAUAAAUACUGAAGGAGGCUUUAGCUGCCAAUGUUUG